AUGGAUCCUGAACAUUAUUUUCCAUCUCCUUCACUCUCCUCAACCAGGUGGUGGUCGAAGGAGACGGUGGCGGUGGUGACCGGAGGAAACAAGGGCAUAGGGUUUGCUCUUGUGAAACGUCUUGCAGAGAUGGGACUUACCGUAGUGUUAGCUGCUAGAGACAAGCAAAAAGGAGAGGAUGCUGUAAAGAACAUUCCAGCACCUCAUCGUGUACACUUUUUACUCCUUGAUGUAUCUGAUCCUGAUUCUAUCAAAACCUUUGCAUCCUCAUUCAAAGCCAAAUUUGGAGCCACUUUGGAUAUUCUUGUGAAUAAUGCAGGUGUAUCAUUCAAUGAGCUCCAUCAGAACUCAGUGAACCACGCAGAAAGUGUCAUGAAAACAAAUUUCUACGGUCCCAGGUUACUUAUUCAGGAACUCCUUCCUCUCUUUCGUCGCUCAUCUUCUUCCAUCACACGCAUUCUCAAUGUUAGUUCAAGACUCGGCUCUCUCAAUAAGGUGAGAAACGAGGAAAUGAGAAGAAUUCUAGAGAGAGAGGAGUUGAAGGAAGAGGAGAUAGAAGAAAUGGUGAAAAAGUUUCUAAGAGAUGUAAGAAAUGGGAUGUGGAAGAGUGAAGGGUGGCCAAUGUAUUGGACAGACUAUGCAGUAUCGAAGCUGGCUCUAAAUGCAUACUCGAAGGUGUUGGCUAAGAGAUACAAGACUGAAUUGAUGAGUGUGAAUUGUUUUUGCCCUGGUUUCACUCAAACCUCGAUGACUAAAGGGAAGGGCACUCAUACUGCUCAUCAAGCUGCUUCUCUUGCUGCCACACUUGCCUUGCUUCCGCCGCACCACUUGCCCACCGGGAAAUUCUUCUUGCUUAGAAAUAAUAAUGACUUCCGUGUUGCUGAUUCUAAACUUUGA